UAAUACACAAACAAACAUAUAAAUAUUUUCAUUCAUUUCAAAUGGUCCACAAAACUUCUGGAACAAUGUGUUGGAUGACACCAAUGUAAGAUGUUUACCCAUAAUGCACAGGGUGAAAACAUCAUCACAAACACCAGGUAGCAGCUGUGGAGCACGGUGGUGGAGGGCUGAUGAUGAGGGCUUGUUUUACAGCCACAGGACCGGGGCAGCUCGCAGGCUCUGCAUCGACCGUGAACUCCUCCACCUCCUCCUAACUAAAAUGAUUGUAGAGUCAAACGUGAGGCCAUCUGUCCAACAGCUGAAGCUUGAAGCAAACUGGGCCACGAUGCAGCAGAACAAUGAUCCCAAACACAGCAGCUGAUCUGCAACAGAACUGCAGAUAAAAUAAAAAUCAAGAUGCCACACUGGUCCAAAGUCCAGAACCCCAAUCUGACAGAAUUUCAGUGGUAGGGCUGUAAUAGUCUGCAAACCUCAAUCAGCUUUAAGCAACGUUGUAAAGAAAAUGGACCAAAACUCCUCUGUGAAAAACUGAGUCCUAAAAACAAAUAACAGCUUCAGUUUCUUUACAAACACUAUUCUGCUUUUUGUUGGAGUUUUUGCUAAAUAAGGAGUUUCGUGUUGGUAUUUUUUUAAAUCUGAAGUUGUUUUUAUCUAAUUUGAAGACCUGAACUCAUUUUAAUGUUGUGACACUUUAAAACCUUAAAACCUUCUGACAAAUGUUUGAUUUAUUAUCCCACUAAAUAAUAAUAAUUCAGGAUAUUGUACUUUCUCCUGUAUUCAUGUCAGAUGAAGUGUCUCGGGUCUUGCCCUCCAUUGUGAUGGAUGACAGGGCUUCACCUCGGCCCAAAGUCGCCGCUCAUGUUACAGGCAGCUUCGUGCCCAAACUGGAUCAGGAGUCAGGAGUUCCAGCCUCUGCCUGGCGACGGGUUCAGGGCCAGAAGAUCUCGUGGUGGGAGGGGGAAAAGGGGCUGGCCUUCCUCCAGGACGUCCAGCUGGUGGAGGGAGAGCUGGUGGUGUCGCAGCCGGGCCUCUACUACGUCUACGCCCAGACGUACUUCAGGCACACCCACUCCCUGGAGGAGGAGGAGAYGGACGGCGAGGAGGCGGAGGACAGGGGGAGGCCUCUGCUGCAGUACGUUUAUAAAAAGGUGAGCUCCUACCCGGUUCCCAUCUUGCUGAUGAAGACGAGCCGGACCUCCUGCUGGUCUCGGGGUUCAGAUUUCUCUCUCCACUCUGCCCACCAGGGAGGGCUGUUUCCGCUCACUGCAGGCGACCGGCUGUUCGUGACUGUGACCAACGCCUCCGCUGUGGACAUGGACGAGAAGAGCAGCUUCUUUGGAGCGUUUCUCGUCAGCUAGASUCGAGGAUGUUGAUGUGGGGAAACUGAAUGUUUUUAUCUUUUUUUUUCUUUUAAUUUUAAAUAGAAAACAUCAAACUGCUGCAGCAUUCUAGACUUUUCUGGGACCAAAAGCUGAAGACUUUUGACACUGGUUCCAGGGAUCUGUCAUUUAUCAGAGCAAAUCUAACCUAACAGACUUUUGGGUUCAGGUGUGUAAAAAAUGAAAACGGAUGUCAGUUUUUACAAAUGUUAUUUUUAGUUGAUGACGUACUUUYAAAGGCCUCCAAAGCAAUCUGGACUGCAGCUUGGGUUCCUUUAAACUUCAUCCCUAAAUGCCAGAAAGGUUCAGGUGCAUCUUGAUUUAAAUAUGUGUGUAUUUUUUUUUAUUUGUAAGCUUUGAUGCAACUAUGCAUUAAAAUUCAGACAAACAAAAUAAACACAGUUACAGCAUCAAAUUAUGAUUUAAAUCUUAAAAAAAAUACUCAAAAACUGAUGCAUGAAUGUAUGACAACUGACCACUUGAGGGUGCUGUUUUGUUAUCCCGCCUUAAUUUCUGUGACAGAAGAAAAACGACCAACUAGAAUUUAAAAAUUAAGCCUGUGUCUCACUGGGKGCCAAAUUUGCGAGUGAGUUUUCAAAAUCUUCUAUUUUCUCGCAUGAUUCACGAGAAUUUUGUUCAAAAAAUAUUUUCAAAACAAGUUUUCUUUCCAAAAAGUCAAGAGUUGCUGAAGGCAUUUGGAACCUGCGGUGUGGGAUGGGUGAAAACGUGCAGCAACGUCGUUUUUCUGAAAACUCAUGUCUGUGCGGGACGUGACCGGCUCCAUCGGUCAGAGGCAGGACAAAGACGGACUGUGGCCCUUUCGCUCAACUGUUUUGUGAAAGAGUCGGAGACUGAAAAUUUACAUACAUUUUUUUUUUUUUUACAGUUUUUAAGUCUCCAAAUAAUCGCUGAUGUGUUAAAAAUAUUACAGCUGACCACCAGAGGGCGCUGUUUCAUUCUGCCACCUAAAGGGAAACAUGAACAUCUGCAGUUUAUAGUGACUUUAAAUCCACUCAUUAAAACUUUGGUUAAAUCUUUGGAUUUAUGUUUGUUGUAAGAUGUACAUAUUGAGCUGUCUUUUGUGUAUUUUUAUUUUUUCAUUGAUUAAACACUUUGUGAAAGCACUGCUACCAAUGCAAGCUCUWAUAAACUGAACUGUCAGCUUUUGAUGACAAGAUGAUAAAAUUUCUUACAUCUUGGGGUUUAGAGUCAAAUUUAAGACCCUGCUGCUUACAAAUCAGACUUUAUGGUAUGUUUUUGUUGGAAGGGACUCAGCAGUCUCUCCCUCUGGCUCAUAUCCUGCAGCUUUUCUCCAAGUGGUGCAUUGAYCUCCCUAACGGCUGGUAUUCAUGUUGUGUUGGAUUAACUGUAGAAAAGACUCACGUACUUGGAAAACCAAUCGUUCAUCUGCCUGCGAACAGCAGAAAUUUAUUUUCUUGCCUUGGCAGCCAGUUGUCCUCCAUGGAGUGAUUAAUUGGUGCAGUGAGUGCAGCCACAAACCCACAAAUGUUAAGAAAAAAGAUCUAAAUGAUUUCUUAAUUGUGUAAAGUUGCAAGUAGAUCUUAUUGAGUUACAUCUUUGAUUUCUUAAAAACAAAAUAAAAGCAUCGCAUUAAAAAAAUCACUUUUAAAAUCAAGACUAAAGUUAACCACUGUCUGAUCACAGAUAAAUCACUGGCCUUCUCUUAUAUUUAAUGAUUGUGACUUUUAGUUACAGUCUCAGUUUUUUUCUUUAAAUCUGUUAUACCUUAAAAAACAGACCUGGUGUUAAAUGGAAAAGAGUGUCUUUAAAAUAAAAGUGUCUUAUUUUGACCUGGUUGAAAUUAGUGAAUACAAAAUGGACUAAAACACAAACAAGAGUUAAAUGUGAUCCAAAUACAUUUUUUAUCUUUUGGCUUUUGGGGAAAAAAAAACACAACUGAAUUCUAAUUAGAUUGUUUWAAAAAGUUUAUUUUAAAAAUCUGAUUUGUUUGACUGAUAGAAAACUCCAGAAUGUGAAUGUACAUAAAUGUGUUUAUGUAAAAAUGUGAAAUAAAGACACUGCAGAAAAUUGCAGAUUGCA